GGCAGGGAGGGACCCUCUGUAGUGUGCACGGGCUGAAUAUAAGGGUGAAUCCCUGCCGGAGACAGCAGAGCCUGGCACUGAAGAAAUGAGACCAGGAUCUGCAUGGACAAUACAGGCAGAGAUCCUUGCUUGACUUGUCAGUUGGCUACCAAUGAGUGAUGUGAAGAUUUCUGGUGAGCCCAGAGACAGACACUGCAGACGUUAAGGACAGCGAGUGACAGACCUGAGAGCAGCCAAGAGGUUUCAUCCGACGGCUUGUUUAGGCUCCUCAGGGAGAAGAGGCAGCAUGCAUUGGAACGUGGCCCUCCGGAGCGCCGGGCUCUGGGUCAUUCUGAGUUUAGCUGCUGGUCAGCUGACUGAGCAGGAGAAAUCAACUAUCAUUGACUUGCACAAUGAGCUUCGCUCUAAGGUUCAGCCCAGCGCCACCUUCAUGCAGAAAGUGGUGUGGGACGAGGCACUGCGUGUGGUGGCAGAAGCAUAUGCUGCAAAAUGCAUCUGGGAUCACAACCCUCAACUUGAGGAGCUCAGUAUGGGAGAAAAUCUCUUUGUAGGCACUGGAACAUUUAAUGCAACCAAAGCAUUGCUGGACUGGUUUGGAGAGCAUGUGGAUUAUGAUUUUGAAACCAAUAACUGUCCUGAAGACAAAAUGUGUGGCCAUUACACUCAGAUGGUCUGGGCAGACAGCAAUAGAAUCGGCUGUGCUACUCAUUCCUGUGACACUCUUGAGGGUCUGGAUUUUAAAAAGGCCACUCUUCUUGUCUGUGAUUACUACCCUACAGGAAAUUUUGAGGGACAAAAGCCAUACGAGUCUGGAGAGCCAUGCUCAAAGUGUCCAGAUAAUCUAUCAUUGUGUGAGGACGACAUGUGCGUGGCUGAGAAUCUCUUUAAUUCAUCUGAGAAGCCCGAGUCAGACGACACCGAAGCUCCGACUGUCUUACCUGAGCAUCCACGAAUGACGACAGAGCCUGUCGCUGCUCCUGAAGAGCCAACUCAAGUGCACGUUAAAAUUGAGAGAGGGAUAGAAAGUGAAGUGAGCCAUGGAUCCAAGAUGGAAAGCAUCUCCGCUUCUCUGGUGAUGCUCGCCUGGCUGCUGGCAGCUCUUGUUUUGUGAGGGUUUGAAGUGGAUGAGAACCUGAUGAGAGGCACAAAACAUUUGUUUUAAGGAAAAGUUCACCUAAAAAUGAAAAUUUGCUGAAAAUGUAU